CUUUAGGUCGAGGAAGAUAGUAAACGAUGGAAGCGUUGGGAGGUGGCAAUGGCGGUAUCUGGAGAUGGAACUUUACACAGAGGAAUAAGAAUAAGAAGCAGUUUGAUUCUCGAAGUAAAAGAUCAAACUCCAAACGCUCCGACUCCGUCGACGCAACUGGGAGAACUGGUUAUCGUUUUCCAUUCAAGCAAGCCGUCACAGCGGCUUCUCUUGCUCUAACCGGCGACACGAUCGCUCAGGUCACGGAUAGGUGGAGGAAACGAAAUGCACUGGAGAAUUCUGAUUCCAGUCGUUUAAGUAAGGAUGAGCUGUGGUCCCUUCUUCAGAACCAUGAUUGGCUACGUGCCGUGCGGAUGACUUCAUACGGGUUUCUUCUCUACGGCCCUGGUUCUUAUGCAUGGUAUCAGUAUCUUGAUCAUCGUUUGCCAAAGCAAACAGUGGAAAAUUUAAUGUUGAAGGUUCUAUUGAAUCAAAUAGUACUUGGUCCAACUGUGAUUGCUGUUGUGUUUGCAUGGAAUAACUUAUGGCAAGGGAAGCUCUCACAGCUUCCAGAAAAAUAUCAGAAAGAUGCUCUUCCCACUCUUCUAUAUGGUUUCAGGUUCUGGAUACCUGUUAGUGUAUUGAAUUUUUGGGUGGUUCCUCUUCAAGCCCGUGUAGCUUUCAUGUCCAUGGGCUCCAUAUUUUGGAAUUUCUGCUUAUCUUCAACUAUGAGCAAGUAGAUUCAUCUGCACAGGGGAUAUAUGAAUCAUCUGCUACAAGUGUUGUAUACUAUUGUGAGCUUGAGAUCAAGGAAGAAAAGAAGACAGCAAUUAUUUCGGUCUUUCACAAACUCGCCAAGUUUUGAGCUUCGUUGACAGGUUACAUGUCCAGUGCAUUGAAUGAUCUUUGUAGAAAUCUGUUUCUCAUUGAUUAUUUAUCUACUUGUGAUACAAAAAAGUAGAGAUGUAUUUAUAGUUCAUAGACAAGCAAGUUGAAUGAUAUUAUAAUUUCAUAGUUGAUUAAUUGAGCCUUUGCCCUUUUACUU